GGAUCUCGCGAGAACGCUCGUUGACUUACGGAGCCGGAAGUGGCGAGCGGCCCUCUCCCAUUUUGCCUUGGUCGGCGGCUCGGCAGGCGGCCAAGAUGAAGUUCAAUCCCUUCGUGACCUCCGACCGGAGCAAGAACCGGAAAAGGCAUUUCAAUGCCCCCUCGCACGUGCGCAGGAAGAUCAUGUCCUCGCCUCUUUCCAAAGAGCUGCGGCAGAAGUACAACGUGCGCUCCAUGCCCAUCCGCAAGGACGACGAGGUGCAGGUCGUGCGAGGACACUACAAAGGGCAGCAGAUCGGCAAGGUGGUCCAGGUGUACCGGAAGAAGUACGUCAUCUACAUCGAGCGGGUGCAGCGCGAGAAGGCCAACGGCACCACCGUCCAUGUGGGCAUCCACCCCAGCAAGGUGGUCAUCACUAGGCUAAAACUGGACAAAGACCGGAAGAAGAUCCUGGAGCGAAAAGCCAAGUCCCGGCAAGUAGGAAAGGAGAAGGGCAAAUACAAGGAAGAAACGAUCGAGAAGAUGCAGGAGUAAAGUGGCCAUAUGCACAACUUUGAUUAAAAACUGCGAAAAUGAA